UGAAGCACCAAUCUCAUUGAUCAAUUUGGCAAGCUAUUACGUCUAAUAACGUUUAAACAGAACAGUUUAAUAACGUUUUACUGAAUUUCUUACGUUAAUUUUCCAUGUGAUUACUGAAAAAAGAAAGUUGGAAUCUUUGGCCCAUUUUAUAUGUAAUACUGCAAUUGAUGGGAACCAAGACUUCAAGACCUAAUAUAUGAGACCAGGGUCCAAGCUAUCCGUUUCGUUGUCCGAGAAAGCGCAAAGCAAAACCGUCGUUGUCUCCCAUUUUAGAGAAAAACCCACAUCCCAAGUAAAGCAAAUAAAAGAUGGGAUCAUCUUCACUAACGAGAGCUGUUGGUGCUAUACUACACAGAUUUACACAUGGGGUUCCCACGACUUCCUUGAUUGUUUCUCGAAAUGAUCUGUUGAAAAGCAGUAGGCAAUUAUUAUUAUCAUCAGCAUCCUCAAUAUCAUCGUCUCCUUCAGUAUUAUAUCAAGUUAACACUGACAGCAAUGAGCAUCAAUUCCGAAGUAUAUCCACUUUCCCUCCUCUCUGCAUGGGCAGGCGCUCUUCCAAGAUUGCCGGCAGAAAGGGUGCUCAAGAUGCAAAGAAGGCCAAACUCUAUUCAAGGAUUGGAAAAGAAGUUGUAUCUGCUGUAAAGAAAAGCGGUCCAAAUCCGUCAUCAAAUACCGUUCUUGCUGCCGUACUUGAUAAGGCCAAGGAGCUUGAUGUACCCAAGGAAAUAUUGGAGCGUAAUAUAAAGAGAGCUUCGGAGAAAGGGCAAGAAGCUUACAUUGAGAAAGUUUACGAGGUAUAUGGUUAUGGUGGAGUUAGCAUGGUAGUGGAGGUCUUAACAGAUAAAAUAACUCGGUCAGUGGCAGCUGUUAGGGAGGUUGUCAAGGACUGUGGAGGAAAGAUGGCAGAUCCUGGUUCUGUUAUGUUCAAGUUCAGGCGUGUUCGAGUUGUUAAUAUAAAAGUCACUGAUGCUGACAAAGACCAGCUCCUUAACAUUGCAUUAGAUGCUGGUGCUGAGGAUGUUAUUGAGCCUCCAACAUAUGAAGACGAUACUGAUGAGGAUAGGUCAGAGAGCUAUUAUAAGAUUGUAAGUUCGGCAGAAAACUAUGCAACAAUUCUUUCAAAGCUACGUGAUGAAGGGAUAAAUUUCGAGACAGAUAAUGGUUCUGAGCUACUUCCACUAACCACCAUUGAGGUGGAUGAUGAGGCUAUGGACUUGAACAAGGAACUUACGUCUCAAUUACUUGAACUUGAUGAUGUCGAUGCUGUUUAUACGGACCAAAAGUGAUUUAUAUCUAGACCAUUUCAGUGAUGGUACUGAUAUUCUGAUGCCGCGAGUCAGUUAACCUGUUGUUGGUGCUUAAAAAUCACAAUCUUGGCUGCAUUGUUGCUCAUUUUAGCUAGGGAUUUCCUAGAGGACCUUUAUAUUCAUCAUUUGAUUUUCAAGUUUUAACCCUCUGAGAAUGGAAGGAAGAAGAAAGGGUUGAGCGGUAUUAACUUGUAUCACAGUUUAGAUAAUCUCUCAAAAUUCUUUUUUACAAAUUCUGAAGAGCUGCCAUGGCUGAAACCACUCUUUUCAAUCCUAAACCAUGUCUUGGUCUUGAAUAAAGGAUUAAUUGGCAAUGUCA